GAAGCAGAUGAGCCGUAAAGCGAAACGCACGGUCGUAACACAGGACGUAGCCGGAUGUCCCGGAUGUGCUUUCACAGCAGAGUGCCGUAUUCCCGUUUUCAUCGAGCGCCAAGGCUGUAUGAUUCAACCCCAGUAAUAUUGUAAUCAACAGUUAAAAAAAAGUGAUUAGUGCAAAGAUUAAGAAGCCACUAUAUUAUCCGUCAUACGAUGUCAGUUGUACCUCCUAAUCGAUCAUCUACCGGUUGGCCUCGUGGAGUAAAUCAGUUCGGCAAUAAAUACAUUAGCCAGCCGGCUAAACCGCUCACCCUGGAGAGAACAAUCAAUCUAUACCCUUUAACAAAUUACACAUUCGGCACCAAGGAGCCACUCUAUGAGAAGGACAGCUCGGUAGCCGCACGCUUUCAGCGGAUGCGGGAAGAAUUUGAGAAAACUGGGAUGCGGCGGACGGUGGAAGGGGUUCUGAUCGUUCACGAGCACAGACUCCCUCAUGUGCUGCUGCUGCAGUUGGGAACCACCUUCUUCAAGCUUCCCGGGGGUGAGUUGAACCCUGGAGAGGAUGAAGUGGAGGGGCUGAAACGACUAAUGACUGAGAUUUUGGGGCGUCAGGAUGGAGUGAAACAGGACUGGGUCAUUGAUGACUGUAUUGGGAACUGGUGGAGACCAAACUUUGAACCACCUCAGUACCCUUAUAUUCCAGCACACAUCACUAAGCCUAAAGAACAUAAGAAGCUUUUUCUAGUACAGCUGCAAGAGAAAGCAUUGUUUGCUGUGCCUAAGAACUACAAGCUGGUGGCUGCCCCCUUGUUUGAGCUUUAUGAUAAUGCUCCUGGCUAUGGCCCAAUUAUAUCCAGUCUUCCACAGCUACUGAGCAGGUUUAACUUCAUCUACAAUUGAGAAGUGUCAGGAUUUGUCAUGACCGUGGACUGUCUCUGUGAGCGCAGUCUGAUGGGGUAACGGAUGAAGAUGUGGUGUUUAGGUGUUGGCUAGGUCCAUUGAGGUUUACAAAAUUUCUCAUUUUCUGGCCUGUUUGCAUUACAUUGAUUUAGAUUGCAUAGAAAUGUGUGCAUUUUUUCCCUUCAUUCAUAGAUACAUUGCAAGUCUUUGUUGUUGAACUUUGUCAUCAAGUAACUACGUUUUUAUGUUUAACUAAGUGGUGAACACAAUGUCUUUAGAAAAUAAUGUUUCAGUGACUUUUUUUUAAACCUUGUAUAUUUGUCUGUGCUUUUUAUAAUAAAUCGUUCACAAUCA